AGUGCCACCGCCUACUAAGCUUCACAGCCCGCUCCAGCUUCCCGUUCAUUGCUCAUCUAAUUUUCAACCAGAGGACAGCACAUGGUCGAGGAGAUUGGCUGCCAGAGACAGACGGGCAUUGUGGUCGCCAUGCCCAGCCAGGUGGCAACCAGCAGCGGAGCACCACUAAUUGUACCAUCAGUCACAGCCGCAGCAGGCAUUCAACAUCAGCAGCAACAGCAACAGCAACAGCAGCAGCAACAGCAACAUCAGCAACUAUCUGGCCACAUAAGCAUGCUUAGUAUGAAGGGAAGCGGAGGUGGUGGGGCGGGUGGACGCUACUUGUGGACGGACAGGGAGCUGCUCAUGCACCUACAGAACUACACGCCACUGAUAUUGCUCAUCGAUUUCGUGGAGAAGACACGCACCAAGCGCUUUUACGAGAGCUCUGAGCGGUACGAAAUCCUUAUGUUGGUCUUCAUCAUGCGCAAGGGGGCGCCGUUCUGCGAGAACAAGCGAUUUCCGGCCGAGUACUGGGUGAAUCUGUCGGUGGGACCCAUAGCAGAAGCCUUUGAUCGGCUGCAGGCAGCCAUUGAUAUACCGGAUCCGCAGCUGCCGAUCCACAUGAGCGUCACGGAUUUGACCAGCUGGAAGCAGAUGUUCGAUGUGGCGAUGCUGGACAUACGGCGCUUUGCCUAUUACACCGAUCCGAUGCAGCUGGCCGAUGCAGGAGUGUACAAUCGGAUCACAUUUGAGCAGCGAUUUGGAAUGCAGUGGCAGGAGUAGCAAGAAGCGCAGGAUAAUGAUAUACAUGUAUAUAUACACAUUCCCCACAGAGUUUCUUGUUGCGUUAGAGAGAGAAUCGCCCAAUAAACUGUGCCUUUCCGCUCCUCCUUCACGACU